AUGAGCAGCCAUGAUCAACACCUGCAGGCUCAAGCCUCAUCAUCAUCAUCUUCUGCGGGAUUGCCAGCUGCCCAGACAUUAAAUUUUGAAACCUAUCUUAGAAACUUCGAAAGUCUCAAAAACGCGAACGACACUGCUAACCUAACUAAGUUGUUAAUUGAGUUGCGUGAUCAUUUGGAGAGUGCUUCACUUCCCGAAUGCUUUGACUUUGCUUCUACCAUGUUAAAACCAUUAUUAGAGUUCUUAAAUGAUGGAGUAAAGCCUAAAUUCAGGAAAGAUGAUAAAGAUCAUUUACUUCGUCAAGUAAUCAUUGAAAUUAUUCAAAAAUUGCCACACACAGAAUUAUAUGAAGAGAGAAAUGGAAGAAGAGAGGAACUAACUCUGCUCAUGAAUUCGCUUUUCAAAGUCCUAAAAACAGACAACGAGCUGAAUGGAGUUGUGGCAAUUAGACUCAUUAUUGACAUUCACAAAUCAUUCAAAACCAGCCUUCCAACUAUUUUUCAACCUCUAGUAGACAUUUUUCUUCAAUUUUAUGCAAAUUUCGAAAAAACAAUAGAAAAAUAUUUGGGAAGAAAGCCAAAGAGAAACAAUUUAUCAACCGGAGACGCUAUUAUUACAGAGCCAUCAGAUCAGGUUUAUGAUACGAAAGAUUAUCUAAUUCCGUGCAUAGAAAGUUGCAAAUUUAUGUUAGAAUUACCUAUAUUUAUUAUAUUUUUCUUUAGAAGCAGCCCUUUGAAAGACACAAUCAAUUUUACUACUUUGUUCGAGAAAGUGCAUGAUAUUUUCAACUAUGAUAUAUCAGUUUCUGAUGACGUCAUGGCAUCCGCUGUUGGAAAGGAGCGAGUUGAGGAUUUUAUGCUUUUACGAGUUAAAACCAUAUCGUUCCUAAUUUAUACAUCCAAAUAUGUGGAUAAGAAAAAUGACAAUGUCUAUGUCAAAGACAUUCCUAGAUUUGUCAUUAAAUGUUUGAAAGAAUGUCCUGAUGAAUGCAUUACACCAAGAAAGGAGAUGCUUUUAAUUAUGAGACAUAUUGUUGAAGUUCCUUUGACUCAAAAUGAUCAUCUAAGUGGAAUUUGUUCUCAUUUUAUGCCCUACAUGAAUGACAUGAUGAAUGAUUCAGUGUUAAUUGGAAAAAGUAGAUCUGCUUCUGAAACUGUUAGAUCAUCAGCAUAUUCCACAGUUUUAGAAAUACUCAACUUUAAUCAAAACAAGAUAGAUUUCACUCCAACACAAAUGUCUUCAUGUACAACAUUCUGCACUAAGUUAUUAUACGACACCUCUUUGGGAUUAGGUAUUCAUGCACUGGCUGUAGGAUUACUAGUUUCACUGUCGCAAACCAUUUACAAAAACAUUGCUGCUCAAAUUCAACUACAACAACAAACCUCAGAAAAUGGCUCUACAACAGAACCUGUGAGUACCAAUAUUUCGGAACUAGUGAAUUUGCCACACAUCAUCAAGUUCAAAGAAAUACUUUUGAGUAUUAUCAGAGCAUUUGUACAGAAGGUUAAAUAUCUUUCCAAGCUCAUCAAAAAGAUAUCAAAGAAAAAACCAGUAUCAACUGAAAAGGAAAAUGCAAAUGACAAUGCCAUGAUAUUACCAUUCAGUCCAUACAAGUUUAACGAGAAUUUUAGUAACGAUAUUACAUACUGCUGCACCAUGUUUAAACAUCUCAUAUUUGGCUUGAAGACGAUCGUACUUGUUUUCACAUCAGUGCCAAGAGAUGAAAGAUCCAAGUUCCCUGAAUUGCCUCUCUUGAAUAAGCUUUUUAGAUACGGACUUGAUUGCUUUGAUAUUUAUAACUUGGUUAGCGAAGAUCAGGUUAAUGUUGAGUCAAUAUCCAAACAAAAAGUAGCUGAAGAGGAGAAGGACAUUUUUAACAAUUAUUCCUCUCUGUACACAUCUCUUUCAGCUCCACUUUUCACAGAGGUGUUUAAAACCCAAUUUGAAUAUCUCUACAAAAAGCUGUUGGAUGGAAGACCAAUGACUUUUAUUCACAUUCCAGCCAAUAUUUUAUCAUCUAAUCCAAAUAUUGCUUCUGUUUUUUCAGAAAUUUUACUCAAAUUCUUAUUGAAAAGAAUGGACAAAAUAGCAAAGGAUCGCAAAGAAUCUCAGUAUAUGCAUAAUUUGUUUAAACUGGUGUUUGGAUCCACUGUUACCUUUCCAAAGAAUGAGACUGUUUUGAAGAAUCAUAUGACUUCAAUUGUAACGUCAUGUUUUACAUUUGCCAACAAAUUCAAGGAGUGCAUGGAUUAUUAUUUGAUUUUACGGUCUCUUUUUAAUUCCAUCUUAUCAGCGAAAUUUGAUUUACUUUGCAAGGAAUUUGCACAAUUACUUCCAACGGUGUUAGAAAAGCUCUCUGAUUUGGUAAAUAACGCACAUGACAAAGAAACAAGAAAUCUCUUUGUUGAGCUUUGUCUAACAGUUCCCUCUAAGUUACACGUGUUAUGCCCUUACCUUUAUUUAUUGAUCAAACCCAUUCUAUAUGCCUUGCAACCCGGUUCUAGUGAGAAGGCAACAACAGCUGCAUUGCGAAAUCUGGACUUGUGGGUGACAAGUCUACGUAACGAAUCUUUGGAAGCAAUUUUGAAACCUGUCAUUCCAGACCUUCUCAAAGCAUUAUUUACUCAUCUAAAACCUCAACAUCAUGCCAAUGGAGCAACUGCAAUGAGAUUACUUGCAAAAUUAGGAGGCACACAUCGACAAUAUAUGAGUGAACUAACAUCAGUGCAUACCAAAGAAUAUGCAAAUUCUCUUUUCUUUAAUAUCAAUCUCAAAGGAAAUAAUAACAUGAUAGAACAGUAUGACGAGUCUACCAUGAUUCCAGCAGACGACUUGGUAGAUUUAUCUGUGGAUAUUUGUCUAGAUAGAGACAAUGAUAUCCAAACAAAGAAGAGUGCCUUUGAGUUUUUGAAAACAUGCAUUCUUUCAAUGAUAUCUACAACAGAGGAACACCUUGGUGUGCAAGAUGAUUUCAAAUUUACCACCAAACAUGUUCCAAUUAAGAAAUAUUUCCACAUUUCAGCAUCAUCUCCAAAGAUUGAUAAUUUUUACCAAGAUGAAGUUAAUAUUGAGGAGUGUAAGACAACUACGCGAUAUGAAGGAGAGAUUGCAAUGUUCAACAAGGUGUUAAAGAGUAUUUUCUUAUUCAUGAGUUAUGCCGUUAAGGAGAAUCUUACUGAUUGUAUUGAAUUUACAAAGAAUUUGAUCAGACAUUUUGCUCUUACUGCCAUUUUCAAUUCAUAUAAUUAUGAGGAACCUUCCAAGUUUAGAAUCAACCAUGAUUGGUUCUAUGAGGUUCUUCUUGACGUUUAUGAAGAGGAUUGUACAGAAACAUCUCCAAAUGUCAAUGUUGGAGAUUUCAUUCUUGGUUUAUUCACAGAUUAUGUUUAUGAAAUUUGUAAUGACGAUCCAGACUUGGUGAUACAAUUUGGUAUUUGGGAGAGACUUCAAUCACGAUUCACAAAAUUCCUCUAUCAACCAGAAUGGUACAAGAAGUGCGUUGGAGCAAGAGGCGUUUUGUUUUUGUGUGAAAACAUUACUCCAAUAUGGCUUGUUCAUUACGAGAGCGAUAUGCUAAAAGGUCUAUUCUUCUCUUUGAAAAAUCAACCAGUUCACAUGACUCCUCACACCACUCAAAUCACCAUUAUGGCCGCUGAGAGUUUGGUUCGAGCCUGUUACAACACUCCAUUGCUGGACUUUUCUUUACUUUUCAGCAAUAAUUUUUAUGAAAAGGUUGAAUACAUACAAUCCGCUCCUUCGAGUACUCUUGCUGAAGGUGAACAUGUUGUUCAUGCUGAGAAAAUGGGAAAGGACCUUGUGUUCAAGAAGAGAUCACUUUUGGCUUUGAUUUGCUCUGAACUUUCAACUCCUUCAAGUCAAAUUAGAAAGAUUGCACAAUCUCUCUUACGACUUUGUUCCGAUAUGAUGAACAUUCCACUCUCAUCCAUUAUUGAUAGAUUUAGGCCAGAUGCUACCCAGAGUCAAAAGGAACAAAAAGAUGAUGGAACUGGAAAAAAAGAUAUUAGUAUCAUCACUACAUCCUUGGAAUACUCAGUACUUCAACUCUCAACAAGAGAUAAUAAUGUACCUGGACAGUAUAUUUCCUCUCAAUUUACCAAGGCACUUAAUCUUUUACGAAACGAUGAACUGUAUUCAAAAGAUACAAAGGAUCAGAAAAAACUUCUCAAUGCCAAGUUAGUUGCUCUCAAAUUAUUAAGAGAAGCAAUUGUGAGCAAAGAACUUAGAUACAAUGAUAAGGAUACCAAUAAGGAGCAAUUGAAAAUCAUGAUUGAAACUAUUUGCAAAUUUUUAGUAGCCACAAACAAGGACGUGGUUACCAUUGCAAAGACAGCCCUGUUGACAUACAUUUCACAAUUCAGACCACCUAAAGACUCUCUUCAGCAAGCAUUGAGACAACUCAGCACAAAUUUAUCCAAGUACACACAACUGACUUUGACUUUUCUGCAAAAUGCUGCCUUUUUCUUAAAAGUGAACUCUCAGAUUCAAACUCAACUCUCAAAGGUAGCAUCCACUCUCUUGGAGCAUUUAAAGAAGUGGGCUGACAAGCAACAAAUCAAACAUAUUGCUAAUCAAAAAGAAAAACCAAUUAUUGCUGCUGAAAUAGUUGCUCUAUUUUCAAUCAUUCCAGAUACAUCGGAACAAUUACCAGCUCUUGUAAAAUUGGUUAUACUCUUAGAAUCUGUAUGGUCCGAUGAAAUUAAGAACUCAAAUCCUUUUAUUGCCCCAUUAGCCAAAUAUUUGAACAUUUAUCCAGAACAAGCCAUCAAGUUCUUAUUUGAGACAAGUGGAGAACAAGUUUGCUAUGCUCUCUCUACAAAGAGAACUUUGAACUUUAUUUUAGAGGUUCUAAAGUCAAGAAAAGCCACUGAUUUGAGAGCAUAUCUGUUCACACAUCCUAAUGUCAUAGUCACUCUAUUGAGCAGUGUGAACAGUAUAGAAUUUACUGAAACUCAAGCAUUUGCUUCUGAUCCAAACAAUAUUCUCAUAUUAAUAGGAAAUAUUUUGAAGCUUAAUCCGAAUGUAUUUAUCACACAUCGUGAAAUAUUCGAUCAAGUUCUGAGAAUAUGGUCAUUGUAUAUACAACAAUUGAAUCAAAAUCCAAAUGCCAUGGAUCUCUCUUCAGACACGACAGUAUCAAAAGGGCAAUAUUUAACUGAUACUCAACGCAUUCGUUUUACCAAAAAGUUACUCAAGCUCAUGAUUGCUUACUGCAAUAAUAAUGAAAACGAAGUGGAUACCUUGUUUAACAUUGUGAAAGUAUUCGGAUGUGGAAUUGUUAUGGACUUGAACUUUGUUAUGGAGUUCUUUGAAAUUCAAGUUGGAUGUGAAUACAAUCUCAAGAGACAGGAGGCCAUCUUGACCAAAUUUUUAGAAGAAUUCAAAAAAGAGGGAACAUUCCAAAUGAAAUCAGAUAUUCUCAAGCAUGUUGCCAUUCCUAUUGUUAGGGGAAUUGCUAAACGAGAAAAACUGAGCACUGAUUUACUUCGUAGAUUUAUUGAUGAAAAGGUUCUCUUUUCUCCUACUUUUGCUCAUUUCACAGAAAAGGAAAAGUAUUCCAUCAAUACGGACUUGUUACAAUUGCUUACAUUAUUCGUCAGGUAUCUUCCUUCGACUCAACUUGAUGUUUUAAAGAAAGAGAAGAACAUUUUCAAGUUUUGUUAUGACAAUUGCUGUAAGGACGAUAUAACUGCAGCCCAAUGUGCAUUCGUGCUGUUUGCUCAUUUGAUGAGUAAACUUGAUCUUCCUCCCAAGUUGAUUCAACCCGUAUACAUUGCCUUCUUAAAGGAUUGCAAGAAGGAUAGUAAAUCUUUGGUACUUCCUGCGCUUGAUAUGGUCAUGCAACCAGUCAAGAAGGCAGAAUUAGCGAGUGAACCAAAGGGAAAGUUUCCUCAAUGGAUCAGAUCAACAAAACAAACGCUAUUAGAAGAUGUGCCAUCUACUCAUCAAUUAGCAAAUAUUUGGACAAUAUUUAUUAGACAUGCAGAUUCAUUUUAUGACUCUAGAGAAUGUUUUGUUUACAAGAUGAUUAAUGCUCUUUCGAAAAUUGGUUACUCUUCCAUCAAUCUUGAGAACAAGAAACUUUAUAUUCAAUUAGCAGAUGUCAUCAUUUCUUGGGAAGAGCGAGCAGCUAGAAAGAAACCAUACGACGAACAAGAGGACGACAAUGAAAAGAAACGAAAGGUGGACCAGACCGAUCUAUCCGAUGAUGGUGGAUCCAAGAAGAGAAAGGUCGAUGAAGAAACCUCACUCUCUGUUUCUGCAGCUUCAUCACCGAUUCAUGAAUUUACUCUAAAACCUCAAUCCAGAGGGAUUGUCUUGAACUUCCUUAUUAGAAUGUGUAUUUUUGUAAGUCAAACAAGAGCAGAAAAGCCACAAGCUCUCUACAAGGAAUGUAUUCAAAUUUUAAAACGUGCUCUCCAUUUGUGGAAAGAUGAACCUGUAUCAUUGGCUCAAGCCGAAAAGUUCUUCCCCAACUCGGAAGAGAGUUCACCUACGAUUGGUUCAUUUACAUUAUCUUGUAUUCUUGAGCUGAUGAAUUUACUUGUGGAAAUGAAUAGAGAUACCAUUCAAUUGAAUGCUCAAUUUGCCAAGAGAUUAAUUCCAUUCCUCACCACUCCGUACGUGGAUGUGAACAGAAAUGUUUGUUUAUUUUUCAAGACACUUUUCAAACAUUUCGACCCUCUCAAGUCCAAUGACAAUGAUGUCAAGGAGUUUUAUGAGACCAUUUGGAAUUCUGUGAAAGAGACCAUUGGUAAAUAUGCUUCUAAAGAUUUACCACAACCAGCUGGAAAUCAAACAAUUGAUCCAUGCCAGCAUUUGGUUUAUGGAUCAUUUGGACAUGUACUUCUCUUACAUUUAUUAUGUGAACAUUACAGUAGUGAUGAAAUCAAACAACAGUAUUCAAGACCUGUGUACUCACUGUUGGCAAAAGCCCUCAAGUAUUCAAUGAACAUGACUCAGGAGAGCUCUUGGAGAGAUAUUUACUUGGGAUAUAUUGAAUUAUGUCUUUCCUUCCUUGCAGAUGGAGUUCACCUUGAUUCGAUUUUCAAGCAUUACUCUCAAACCGUUGGUAUUAUCAUUGAAAAGGUGGAUUCCUUUAGUUACAAUAUUCUCCAUCUUGUUGUUGAUAUUGUUCUCAACUGGUUACGAACAAAUCCAUCCUCCGAAAUGCAAAGAAGUUAUACCUUACAGCUUGAUGACGGGUUGCAAACAAUGACAUUGAGCAGACCCUACAAGGUUCAAUCGUACCUUCAGAAAGCGAGUCUCCUUGCCAAAUUGGGAAGCUUGAGCGAGCAAUCACAAUCAAGUGAAACUGUAAAGAAUCUUGGUGUUGAAAAUUUCAAUCAAUUCAAACGAGAGUACUUUAAUGUAGUGGCUGAAUUGUAUCAGCAGAUGGAUGAAAUUUCUGAAGUGACAUAUGCCAAAAAGAUUGAAUCUUGCUUUAUGGCUGGUCUGAAAAUUGAAUCCAAAGAAUUGAGAGACAUCAAGUCAAGAUAUAUUUCUAUUCUUAACCAAAAGAUUGAAAAAACAGUACUAAAGAGACUUCAAUUUGUGAUAGACCAUCAAAAAUGGGAACCAUUGAGUGAUCGAUUUUGGAUCAAGUAUGCAUUGGAGUUACUUUUAGAAUGUAUUGAACAAGAGGAAAAGUUAACAUGUCAUCCCAAGAUGGCGAAGUUCCCACCCAUUUCUACUCAACCUGUAAUGACGUCGAGUGCCAAAGGAGAUUCUAUUGCUGUUUCCUCAUCUACAGCUUUGGAGAAAUUGAGAAGAGUAUUUGAAAGUCAUGAAUCAUUCUUGCAAUCCAUUUCAUCCAUCAAGAUCUCGAAUUUUAUUGCACCUCUCAAAACUUUGAUCCGAAGUAACACGAAUAUGGUGUUAAAGACUUGGGGAGAAUUCUUUGCUUUGGCAUGGAAUUGUUUGGGAAAUGAUGACAAGCCACUUCUUCAAAUCCAAAUGCAAAAAUUGGUCUCCAUUGAUUAUCAUUCUAAACAAUACACCAAAUAUCCAAAUGUGAUACAGGCACUUUUGUUAGGCGUCAACAAUGCAGUGCUGAACACCAAGAGAGACCUAUCCACAUUCAAUUAUUUAUCAAUUCAUCCAGAAACUCUCAAAUUCUUGGGAAAGUCAUUCAAUGCUUGGUCUCUUACUCUUCCAUUGCUUGAAGAAGAAUUACGUGCUCUAUUUAAUACUGGAUCUUUUGAUGAAAAAACUGAGAAAGUAUGCCAUUCUCUGACUGAACUUUAUAGAGUAUUGAAAGAAGAUGAUAUUUUAUGUGGAAUAUUUAGAUGCUGUGAUAUUACAGAUCAUACCAAAUUAGUACUUUCCUUAGAGCAACGAAAUAAUUGGUGCGAAGCUCAAGAAGCUCUCAAAGACUUGAUCAACGCUUUCCAUAAAGGAAAUAUUAAGAAAAAAGUUUCUCACACAGAGUUACAAUUAUGGGAAGACCAUUGGAUCAUCUGCUCUAAAAAGCUACAACAAUGGGAUGAAUUGACUAAAUUCUCUCAAUCAGCUCCUGGUACUCAUGGUUACUUUAAUUUGGAAUGUUUGUGGAAAAAUGGUCAAUGGACACAAAUGAAAGAAUUAUUCCAGAAGAAUCAAUCGCUCGAAAAUCAACUCAUGAAGUUUUAUCACAUUUCCUAUUUGAUCAUGCAAGACAAAGAAGCAGAAGCUGGAGAUGUAUUUGCAAUUUCUCAACAACUUGCUCUUCAACGGUGGUGUGCCUUACCUUCAUUUGUUUGUGGAAAUCACACCUCCAUGUUACAAUGCUUCCAACAGUUAUAUGAAUUGAAUGAAUCAGCCUCUCUUCUCAAUGACACAAAGAAGCCUCUCUCAACUCAUGAAUUGAAAGGAUUUUUAACCACUUGGAGAGAUCGACUUCCAAACAAGUAUGAAGAUAUUAGUGUGUGGAAUGAUAUUUUCACUUGGAGAUGCCACUUGUUAAAGAAAGCCAUCGAAAGAUUUGAUCAGAAAGAUGAAUUCAGUCAUCAUCGAGCACUUCUUCUCAAUGAAACCAUUUGGUCUCUUCACAAAUUUGCGAAAAUCGCUCGAAAACAAAACUUUAUUGAACCAGCAUUGAAGAUGCUCGCAGAAACUGGAAAGCUUUUACCAACACUUACAAGUGAAACGAGUGAAGUCUUUGUUCGUAUCAUUGAAGUGAUCAAAAGUUUAAUGAAAGAUAGAAGAUACAACGAUGUAUUAGAUUAUAUUGAAUCCGAUACGAUUGCAAACACCAAGAUCAAGACCAUUCAAAAGAUGGAAAUUUUAAGAUUGAGAGGAGAAGUAUUUUCCACUUGUGGAAGAUAUGAUGAAAGUUAUCAAACAUUUGCUCAAUCCAUUUCAUACUUUCCACAAGAGCAGAAAUUCAUUUCUUCUGUGACAAGUACACCUGCUUGGGGAAAGAGUUUCUUCCAAUGGGCUCUUGUUUUGGAUAAAUUAUUUGUAGAGAAAUGGAAUUCAUCCACAAGACAUCAAAGACAAAAACAAAAUUCAACCAAACAUCCAACUCAAUCCAUGACAGCCCUUGAAUUUGCAGAAAAUUGUGUUGCUGCCUACUUACUAGCCAUUAGAUAUUCAGGAGGUGCUACGAAUCAUCAAACCAUUCAAGCAUCUGGAGCUACCGUUCGACAAUAUAUUGGACGAGUACUAUGGUUACUUUCCUAUGAUGAACCAGCUUCAAGUGAUAAGACAAAGGGUGGCUCUAAUGUUGAUUAUCCUCUUCAUAGAGUUGCUGAGAAAUGUAUUAAUGACAUUCCAGCUUGGAUGUGGAUUCCAUGGCAACAACAAUUAUUCACCAUGUUACAUAGAAGAGAGUGUGAAGCUUCCAUUGCCAAGCAAUUGUUAAAAGCUGUUUUAUACAACUUUCCACAAGCAGCCUUCCAUACAUUUAGAAGUUUUGUUCAUGAUCUUAGAGAAUUAUUAUCAGGAAUUGCUAAAAAGAAUCAAUCUACAACCACUGGUACCGGUUCCACAAAUCCAUCUGGUACUUCAGAGUCCAACACGAAUACUGCUGCUCCUUUAAGAGGUAGUAGUGCUAAUAUUCAUGUUUCAAUUAUUAAUAAGAGCGGAGCAAUCAGUACUAGCAGCGAUUCCAAUAUUCCAACAGGUCCUAAUUCUGUCUAUCUUGAAACAUUUACAAAGAUUAGAAAGAAACUUGAUGAAAUCAUGCAUGACGGUAAUAAGGUGCUGUUCAGUGAUUUGGAGAGCAUGUUUAAGGAAUUGACCAAAUACAAAUCUGAGAGUGAGGAAGAAUUGACCAAAUCUCUUGAAUUAAUGCUUGACAAGGCAUAUACUUUUAACAUUUAUGAAAACUCAGACAGUAUGGUCGAUGAAGAAAAUGAAGAUGAACUUCAUCAUAUUCCAAAGGAGUUGACCGAUCAUGCAAAAAGAAUUGCAGAUACAUACUUUGCAGAUCCUCCCACACAGUCUUCAAAUCCUCAACAGCAUCAACCCGUUCCAAAACCUCAAUUCAUUCUUGAUUGUCAAAGCAAUGUCAUUGCUGAUAUUCUCCCAAGAAAAGAAAGAAGAGAGAUGGCAAAGUCUUUGAAAUACGUUGAAAAGACAAUGGAUGCAGUAGGACCAAGAAGUCUAUUGGAUCUCACUAAAAAUCUUAAACAUUGGAUUUGUUACUUUAGACGUAAGAUUAAUCUAUUACCAACUGAAAUUGGAAUUGAAAAUCAAAAAGCUAAACUGUUGGAGCAUAGAACUAAUUUAGAAUUGGAAAUUCCAGGCCAAUAUGAGCUCACCAGUGAUCGAGAACCAUUCUCAGAAAGACAUGAAAAGAUUCUUUGUCUUUUGCCUUCUGUGAGUAUGAAAGGUAGAAAGAAUAAGGAGAAUGAAAGAGUUAUUGCAUUAAGAAGUGUCUCUGGAAAAGUGUUCAAAUUCUUUAUUCAAUCCACAAGCAAUUCUGAACCACUCACUCUGAAAACAGAAGAGAAAGUGUCAUCUCUGAUUCGACACAUUAAUCGAUUGUUAGAUAAGGAUAGAACUGCAAGAAGCCACAACAAUAUCCAUAUGGAAUAUCCUAUCACCAUUACUACUAAUCAAAGAAUUCGUCUUGUACGCAAAGAUUAUGAUUUUAUUUCCUUGGAAGAUAUAUUCUAUGAUUAUUGUGAAUCUAUUGGAAAAUCUAUUGAUACUCCACUCAUUAAAUAUUGGAAGGAAAUGGAUAAGGCAUGUAAAACUCAUAUCAAUGAUUUUGAGAAUAAGCUCAAUGUUUAUCAAACCUUUGUUGAGCAAAGUGACAAGAUACCAGAUGAUAUUUUGUUGAACUACAUUCGAAGUACUUGUCCAAGUUGGUCUGAAUUCUAUAGCAUUAGAAAAACAUUUGGAGUACAAUCAGGAGUUUAUAAUAUUUUCAGUCAUCUCUUGCAUACUAAGGACAGACAUCCAUACAAGAUAUUAAUUUCAAAGAACAGUGGACACAUGAUGCAAUUUGAUUUUAGACCUAAUAUGAACAAAGCAAGUGGUAUUAUUCAAAGAGAUGAUCCAACACCAUUCCGAUUCACUAGAAAUAUUUCUCAAUUCCUUUCUCAAUUCGGUGUUGAAGGUUAUUUGUUGAACACCAUGUCUGCUAUUGCUUAUUCUCUUUCUGAAAAUAAGGAUUUAUUUGAAACUUUAAUGCAAUUGUUUAUUAGAGAUGAAUUAAUUUCGUAUCACAACUUUAAUGUAGAUUUAUUGAAUAAUGAGAGCAGUACACCUAUUGGAGAAAAUAGAUUUUUAUUUAAUGACGAGUUGAUGCGAAGUUGUGUUCAACAAAAUGUUGAUCAAGUUCUUGAAAUGGUUCUAGAAUUGGCUCCAACCAUUCCAACUCAUUUGAGCUGCAGUCCACCUCAAACAUUACCAGUGAAGAAGAAGACAAAGAAAGACGCGACAACGUCUGAGAGUAGUACAAGCGAAGUAUCUACACCCUCUUCAAUCACAACUCCAUCCACACCAUCGAUGGCAAGUAGCAGCAACACCGCAACCACUUCUGUUGUUGCCACACCUUCUCCGUUUGCAAACGCUACCAGUCUUUUGGAUCUCCCACCACUUAAUUACAAGGUAUACGAGCUUAUUCAACAAGCAUCCUCGGCAGAAAAGUUAUGUAUGAAAGAUCCCAUCUAUUACCCUUGGUUUUAA